AUGUAUGACAUUAAUGUCGAUACUGCGUCAGGGCCAGCCAUUGUUCGCCUUGGCCUACCGUCCGCCUCCUUGUUCAAAUUCCCCCCAGACGAACUCCCAACUACCCUACCUGCUCCACAGGUCUCCGAGCCAACGUGGGCUCAACCGUUUAACAUUCCGCCUCAGUUAUACAACCAGCUUCUAGACGUACGCGUUCCCAUCACUAUUGCCAGCGUCUACGCAAUCACCGUGGUCUUGCUCAAUCGCGUCAACAAGAGUCGUGGAUACAAGCCCUGGGGGAUCAGUCAAACGAAGCUCUUCAAAGGUUUUGUCAUUCUUCAUAAUGUCUUCCUGGCCAUUUACUCCGCAUGGACCUUUGCUGGCAUGUUCGUGGCAUUCCGCAACUCUUGGCCAGACCGCGAUGACCCCAAUGGUCUGGUGGGUGUCACUGACGCGCUGUGCAAGAUCAACGGCCCCCGAGGAUACGGCAACGCAGCUACCUACGACCCAUCGUCCAACCAGUGGCUAUUGAGGAAUCCGGAAUUCAAGCUGGCCGAGGGCGGGGUGCCCGACCCGACUGAUAUGGGCCGCAAGUGGAACGAAGGGCUAGCAUAUCUAGGCUGGAUCUUCUAUUUGUCUAAGUUCUACGAGGUGUUGGAUACCGCAAUUAUCCUUGCCAAGGGCAAGAAAAGCUCGACUUUGCAGACUUAUCAUCAUGCCGGUGCUAUGAUGUGCAUGUGGGCGGGUAUCCGCUACAUCGCUCCUCCCAUUUGGAUUUUCACGCUGGUCAACUCUGGAAUCCAUGCUAUGAUGUAUACUUAUUACACUCUGACGGCCCUCCGUGUUCGGAUUCCCGGUGUGAUCAAACGGUCCUUGACCUCGAUGCAAAUUCUUCAAUUCCUUUUUGGAACAACCAUCGCCGCCUCAUAUCUGUUCGUUUAUUACACACUCCCACCAAACCAGUCUGUGGAGACCGGCCCCAUCGUUCAGCCUGAAAUGGCGGUUGAGGGAGCUGGUCUUUUCCCGUGGAUCAAGACGCGUGCACUCCGUGCCGCAGGAGCUGAAGGCAUUGCCAAAAAUGUGGGUAGCACCCCUGGAGCCAACAGUUCUGCCCGGACUUCUCCAGUUGGGCCCAUGGUACCUUGCACGGAUACAAGCGGCCAGGCUUUUGCGAUUUGGCUGAAUGUCUCUUACCUUCUUCCCCUCACAUACCUCUUUGUCCGCUUCUUUGUGCGGUCUUAUCUGUACCGCAAGGAUCCCGGGCCCCCAAAGCCUACACAUAUGCACGCAGCAGAGAAAGCCGGAUUGGAUGCACUGAAGGGCGUGAGCCGCGAAAUUCAAAAAUCGGUCGAGAUGAGUGGCGAAACUAGCGAAACCACAGAGGAUGAGACUACCAACAAUGUCCAGAAGUCGCAACCCAAUGUGAAGAAGCCUCAACAGGAUACCGUUCAGGAUUCUCCCGUUCGGACCCGUGCAUCGGCCAAACAAAAGGCGCGUGUCUCCAACAAUGAAGCUGACCAGGGGUUCUCCACCGUAACCCCUAGAAAGGGUGCUAAGAAGGUCACGCAGGACAAACUCGAUGGCUCCCCUGCCGUCGACCCUAAAGGUAAAAAUCCCUUCCAGGUGUUGGAUAGAGAUGUCUAG